CUGUCACUCACCAGGUUUGUUUUCAACAGAUGUGUGUUUUUUCUCAAAUACGAGCAUUUAAUUUAUUCCUGGGUGUCUGUCUACUGAACAAGUAAAGUGGUGUGACGUUUUGCUGGUCUGAGAUGACAGAUGCAUCAGGGCGUAGUUUUGAGGCGGAGCCUCUGAAGGGCAGAGAGAUAGAUGGGGGCGUGUCUAAGGAGAAAAGCUGCGCAGGUAAGCUGGGCUUAUCGCACCUGAUGGGAUGGCGCACAGCCGCUUUUCUUUUCUCUCUCUUCCUGUGUCUGGCCGUCGUCUUCGCUUUCUCGUUCAUCCUCCCGUGCCCCGUACGGCCGCAGUACCUGUCCACCUGGAAUAGUACAAUACCUGCUGCAGCCACGUAUGAUUUCCUGGCUUUUGAGGAUGCCAAUGAAGACAAAGUCCUGGAUGUCUUCUUCAUGUAUAAAAGUUCUGAAGCCAGCCACAACACAUGCAUGAGUGCAGAUUUAACCCCCCCGUGUCUGGUUUUGACGGCUGUGGAUGGGACUAAAGGGCAGACACAAUGGGAACGGCCUUUAGCUCCUGAAUUUGAUUGGGUGGAGUGUGGAGUGAAGGGGAUUGGCCAGAAGGGACCGGGAUGUCUCGUGGCUCAUGCGGACAAUCUCACUGCGGUUGAUAAAAGAAACGGUUUUAUCAUGUGGCAGCAGCCACGCGCUACUGUGAUGAAUGCAAAUCUUCCUCUGAUCAAUGUUAUGGAUCUAAACGCUGAUGGAGCCGAAGACUUUGCUGUCCUCUCAUAUGAUCCUGAAGCAACUCUACUCACUCCUGUACCGACUGAGCUGGUGUUUUUCUCGGGUAAAUCAGGUGAUCCGAUUGGCUCGAGGGUGGAUGUCGAUGUGAAUGGUUUAUUUGCUCACCUGCAGUUCCACACAACCACUGGAGCUCCAUACCUGCUCUUACUCACAUAUUCUGGGCUCUAUGCCGUCAGCAUGCAGCGUUUGGUAGUACGGGCUACAGCCGGUUCGAAAUCAGUGCCGAAGAAAGACGACAGCUGGGAGAAGAAAGCCGACAGGAACACUGGAUUCAUUCCUCUUUAUCACUCUGAUUCUCUGAAGCGUGUGAUGGUCGUUCGUGGGGGUUCUGCUCCAUCGCUGCUCGUCCAGACGGGAUCCAGCGUGUCACUGCUACACACGGACAAACUGGAGAUCUCGUGGACCACCAACACUAGCAAUCUGCUCAGCAUGCCAACAUUUGGACAUUUCAACAAAGAUGAAAUUCUGGACAUAAUGGUAGAAGAUGAUCUCGGCAAUGAAACCAAAAGAGUGAUGGUUCUCGAUGGUAAGAGUGGCGAGGUCCUGUGGCAGAUCAGUCUGUUGUCCUGGACACCGAGUCCUCGUCCAGCGUCUGUGCUCACGCUAAACAGCAUCUCUGUGUUUAUGCUCUGGGGACAAAGUGACAACCAAACCAUGUAUUCAUCUUUUCUGCUUCAUCCUCGCUUUUCCCAACUUCUGCUUGAAAGAAUAAAUCCUGUCCAGAACAUUAUCUCCUUUAAAGCGACGCUUUUGGAGCGAGGUCGCCAUGCCUCUUACUUCAUCCUGACUGGACCGGAUGGACGGCAGCACACAGAACCAAGCGGGACAGAGCCUGUGAUUCUUACGAAACGGAAGAUCAAGGACGACGUAUCAGAGAGUAAAGCUCUGAGCGUGAAAGCUGAUGAAUCGAUCUCUAAAGACUCGGAGGAUUCGGUGAAGGAGGCAUUUUACCGGCUCCGCUUCAGUGAUAAUCUCUAUUGAAACAUAAAGACAAAUGUUUCAUUUAUAUUUAAACACUAACACCCACUAUGUAGAACGUGCACUUUUAAGUCCAAAUGCCAAAACGGAGAUCAUGUUUUGACAGUUUCAUUAAGAGUAUCUUGAAAUGUUGAUUUGAUAAAACCAUCAGGGUUAAAGUCUUUUAUGUCUAAAUUAUGCUGUGUUAUGUUUCGACAAUCAUAUACUGCUGUCAAGUAUUUCAGGCUUCUAGAUAAGUUCAGUUGUUAUCAGGUGGUAAUAUAUAUAUAUUCACAAUGAGCAGGGAUUAGGGAACAUCACAUAUGAGUGAAUUUCACAAAGGCAAUGUCGGACUCCCCCCAAAAAAUAGACUUUCUUUGGUUUUCGUAAGCUUGAUCAUAAAUGUUGUUUAAGUAUUGUUUAUUUGUUAGUGUGUCAGUAAUUUUAUUCUUGAAACUUUGUCGGGUUGUAGUGUAGUGAUGCCUUUAAAGGGAUAGUUCACCCAAAAAUGAAAGCUCUGUCAUCAUUUACUCUCAGAUUUACCCUCAGAUUGUUCCAAGCCUGUAUACAUUUCUUUAUUGUGCUAAACACAAAGAAAGAUAUUUGGAAGAAUGUCAGUAACUAAACAGAUCUCAUCCCCCAUUGACUCCCAUAGUAUUUAUUUGCUCUACUAGAUUUUCCCUUACUGACAUUCUUCCAAAUAUCUUCCUUUGCGUACAGCAGAACAAAGAAAAUGAUACAGGUUUGUAACAACCUGAGGGUGCGUAAAUGAUGACAGAAUUUUAAUUUUUGGGUGAACUAUCCCUUUUAGAGUGAGUGGUUAACUUGAAUAGUGUAGAACAAAAUGUUCAUUAUCUGAUUUGCGUUUCACAUACACACAAACCAAAACACAACAAGGCCUGGUUUAGUCGCGUGCGUCUGAAAGUUUGAGACUGGGUGAAUAUUUUAUUUUUGCAGUGCAGUGUUGCUUCUGUAUCACAGAGGUCCAGAUGGGGAUGUGGUGCCUUGUUUAGAUGGUUUGUUCAUGGUCUGAUGUGUUUUGGUUAGUUUGUAAGUGUCUUUCUGUGCUGCUGCUAUUGUUUAUUUUAGUUCCUUCAAAAAUCUCGGACAUGUUCUGUACUGUUAUCACAUUACUGUACAUUUAGUGCCUUCAAUCGGAGGACCUGAAAAUCACUGAAGAUGCUGUUACCAGUAAUAAUGUGCAACAGUAUGUCUCUUUAUUUAUCCGUCUGCUGUUUUAUAUUCUAAAUGAAUGCUGUUGGUUUAGUUUUAAAAUGGGGAUGCUGAUGUCGUUGAAGCAAUGAUCAUAAAGUUACAGCUUAUAUAGCAA